CGGGUGGCAGGAGUGGCAUUGUGCAGUCGUUUCGUUGGACCCGUCGUCACCUGUUGUUUGUUUGUUUUGUACUGGUCGUCGCCAUAAGCUGUUCCAAGGCUCGGCUAUUCAAGAACCUUUUCGAAGAUGAAAAGGCAGUGUACGACGACGGUCCUGCUGGCUCUGCUUGCAGCAGUCUUCACUGGUCGUCUGCUACAGACGACAGCAAACAAAAACGGGUUUUUCGACUGCCGUCGGCAAGGCUUGAGCUGCGGUGCUAAUGGCUUCUGCGACAUGGAGGGGAGAUGCGCGUGCAAAGAGAACCAUUCUGCGAUAUUCGGACAGUGCGUGGACGAAAAGACACUUGAAGGAAAUUGCACGAACGACAGUUUCUGCGAGAACGGAGGACUGUGCCGCGUGGUCCGAAAUGAAAGUGUCUGCUUCUGUCAAGAUGCCUUCCAAGGAGAGAGAUGUCAAAGAAAGCGUUUGGAAGUAAAAUGCUACCUGCAUGGAAUGGAGAUCGCUGUCAGACCCUUCCCUGGGUUCCAAGGCAUCGUAGCUUCGCGCUUCAACCCCGUGGACGAGUGUCGACUGAAAGAAAACAUUAGCGACCCGACCGGACCACUCUUCCACACCAUCGUCCCGUUCGGUUCUGGAGACAAGUAUUGUGGCAUGAUAUCAACAUUAAUUAAUGGCAGCCGACUGUACCAGAUGGAUGUGGUCAUACAGUACACACCACAGAUUGUCUUCAACACCGACCAGCUGCUGACCUCCACGUGCGUCUUCUCCAAGACGGGUCAGGUCGAGCUGCAAGUGGGUCAGCCGUACAUAGACAGCGGGAACCUGACCAAAGCGGAAGACUCGAAGGACAUUACUCCACUCAUCUUCGAGGUUAAGGACAAAAACGGCUCCAACCUACACAAAACCUCAACCGUAACUGUCGGCGAUGAGCUCAACCUAGUCGUCAAAAUGCAGAAUAACGCAGCUUUCACCUACUACAGAGUGCAUGCAGCCAGCGCCAGCAACGGCAGAGAUACGUUCGCCCUUGUGGAAAACGGGUGUCCACGAAAACACCAGGUGAUCCGGGAAUUCUCCUCCAUCGCCGGUAACACUACAACGACUGUCACCAUUCCAAUAUUCGCCUUCAAGUUCGUCACUGGGGAUAUAGUGUACUUCAGAGUCGUCGUCUUCAUGUGUGAGGAAAGCAGUGGUGCCUGCCAGACGGUGAUGUGCGACAGUCAAACGGAUAUCGCCAAUAACCGGUUGAGGCGUCAGCGCAGAGCUACCGAGGAAGAGGUGGUCCUCACCGGCCAGGUGCGGGUCAAGAUGCCUGGCGAAACACUGGAGGAUAACAGCGAAGAGCUGGACGCAGGAGAGAUGGAGGUGUGCAUGCAGCAGCCGGAAGUGCAGAUGAUGGCCAUCUUGCUGGGGACGGGCGUGGUGGCGCUAGCCAUCGCUUGUGUCGCUGUCUUCACCUGCAUGUGGCGCAGAGCUCGUCGUCAAGAGGACAAACUCUCAUCUCCUAGCCCCUCUUCAUCUUCAGAACAGUCGUUCUCCAUCCCUCGAGCAAAGUUUGAGGCGGCGUACUGAGGGGUCUACCCACUGCUCCUGUCUGGAUAUUUUGGUGUCUUCUCGUGUCAGAACUCCAUCAGAACUGCAGAUUCUUGUGUCCUGAAUUUCUGACUUUAAAAGUUGAUGCAGUUUAUAUUCUACAGUGAAUUGUAACAGUACAAUUUAUAAUUUAUAUCUGCGCCAAGUUGAUUCCCAAACUAUGAUCUAUUGUAUUCAGCUAAUAAAUGUUUCAUCAGUA